UCCUCCAGUUAAGCUACUGGCCUUCUCUUCCUCCUUCCCAACUUCUAAAACCUAGGUCCAUCAAGCAGUUCACCGUCUCUUGUCUGAGUGGAUAGCGUUAAUGCACUGUGUUCAUUGCCAGUGACAAGACCUGUGUCAUCUUUGAUCAAGCACAAACAAAGCUCGUACUGCACAUGACAGUAGCCAGUAGGGAGUCCAUAGUAACUUUAGAGAGAGCGAGCUUUGGGCGUUUGUCUUCACCUGAGCAAUUUAAGUCCCAAAACCGUUCACUAUUUCCACAGUAGUUUAAGAGUGGGUAACGAGGAUCAGUCUUCACCAGCCCAAGUUAUGGAUGAGAGAGCUGAUAUGGACAAGUCAGACGAGGUCCUCCUUCCUGGUUUUCGGUUCCAUCCUACAGAUGAAGAGCUCGUUGGCUUUUAUCUCAAGAGAAAGAUUCAACAAAAACCUCUGUCCAUAGAGCUCAUCAGGCAGUUGGACAUCUAUAAAUAUGAUCCAUGGGAUCUCCCAAAACUUGCAAGCACCGGGGAAAAAGAAUGGUACUUUUACUGCCCAAGGGACCGAAAGUAUCGGAACAGUGCUAGACCAAAUAGAGUCACAGUAGCUGGAUUCUGGAAAGCAACAGGAACAGAUAGGCCAAUAUACUCUUCUGAAGGAACAAAAUGCAUAGGCCUGAAGAAGUCUCUUGUCUUUUACAAAGGGAGAGCAGCAAAAGGGAUCAAGACAGAUUGGAUGAUGCAUGAGUACAGGAUGCCUUCUCUCAGUGAUCCCUCAAUUCCUAAAACACCAAAAGACAAAAGUAUUCCAGCCAAUGAUGCAUGGUCUAUUUGCAGGAUAUUUAAAAAGCCUAGCUCUGUGGCACAAAGAGUGUCGUCUCACUCCUGGGGUCCUCAAUCAAUUGCAACGACAACACCAGAGCUGCUAUCUGCUUUGCAGUCCAUACAAGCUUCCCAUUUUGCUUUGGAAAGCUCAUCAUGCUCAGCAAAUCAAUUCAAUAGCCAACAAUGUUUCCAGGGGCGGCAGCAGCAGAAGCUCAACAGUUCACAAGAUGGCUCUUCAUGUAAAGUUAUUAACUUUAACCGCAGUCUAUCUUUACCUCAGCUGUCAGAGAAAGACACCCAUAGCAGUCCGAUCAUCUUGCCAUUUGAAACACAAUCACUGGAGAAAUCAUCAGCUGUCACAUCAGUGCUUCUAAGCAUGGCCCCUGAAAUAGUCAGUAGCAUGAAUGAAGCUUUGCCAAACACAGAGAUGGAACAGCUUGAACCAUCCUAUGGAUACACAGAUGAUUGGGGUAUAGAUGCAAAUGGAGCUAUUGGAGAUAAAGAUGAUGACCCAUAUACAAGAAAACCUGUUCAUGUACACAGUUCAGGCACUGAGUGUGGAAUUCCACGAAAAAUAAAAUUCCCAUUUGAUUUAGGGGUGGAUUCACCAGAUGAUUGGACCAGCAGCAUACCAUGUGAUUCUCUCCCUUGCCCCCCACCACCCACAGAAAUGUCAAAUAGCAGUUCCACUGAAAAAUAUUAUGCAUAG